GUGACGCCGGCGGGGAUGGACGACCGAGGCGGCGGCGGCGGCGGGGAGGCCGAGAGGUGGCCGUGGUGGGCGGCUGCGAGUGCGGCUCAGGCCGCGGCCGGGGUCGCGUGGUUCCGACGCGGCAGGGGCGGAACGGCUGUGGCGAUGCCGUUCAAGGCAUUCGCCAUCGCCUCCCUCUUCGUCGGGGCGGGCGCCACCGCCGUCUCCGCUGGGGUGCUUGCCGCGGGCGUCGGAUCGGUGGAGGAGAUGAAGGGCGUGGGCGCGAGCAUCCGGCGGUGGAUGGGAGCUCCUCCUCGCCGAGCGGGAGGUAGUGACUAAGCAGCACACUGCUGCAACCGUGAUUUGGAUGAGAGAUUUCUCAGCCUUGCUAGGAAACUACAGAAUGCUGAGGGGUGUGGAUUGCUUCACGUUUCAGAGCUAAGCGUGUGUCGUUCUGAAUUCGGAAUGCAGAAUGCACAGGAGUAAUAAGAUCACUGUUGUAAUUUGUAUUGUAUCACAAGCUUACUUUGAUGAUCCCUCAAAAUUUAUUUCCGCCUUGUUUCCACCGAGCACACGUAUGACUUGUUUAGUUCCGAAAAGUGAAAAGUUUUUGGUAUUGUAGCA